AUGCUUGAUUAUACACAAGAAGCAUGCUGGUCACCAAUAUUAACACCAUCAUCAUUAAUAACACAUUUAUCUAUAAGUAGUAAAUUACAAUCUUAUUGUGAUUUAAUAUAUCAUCAUGAAUUAUAUGUUGAACAUUUUACAUCAAUAACAACACAUUAUCAAUUAUUAUUAUUAUUUUUUAUUUUAUCUUAUACAUCAUACAUCAGUUGCAAGUCAUUUAUUUUUUUUGUGAAGGAAUACAUUUAGAUGAAAGUGGUCUUAUAUUAGUUUUAUUAAUUGAACAAUUUCUUCCAUUACCAUUAAAUAAACAAUUAUGACCUAAAUAUAUACCAUAAAUUUUAUAAAUAUUAUCAAUAACAAUAUCAAUCGAUAUUAUUAAAGAAGAUUUUAAUAAUCUUAAUUGUCCUAUGGAUAUAACAAGAAAAAUUUAUGAACAAAUGCUUAAAAAUAUAACUUAUAAAGAAUGAUUACCAUUUAUGAUGUCACCGGUAUAUUUUAGUUUAAUUUAUCGAAAUAAAUAAAUAUAUUUGUAUAAUAAAAAUUUUAAUCCAAUGAAAAGAAAUGUUUUUUGUUACUUUGACAUUGUUUAUGUGCUAGUAAUAGAUGAGACUUUUGAAUAAUUCAAAACUUCGAAAAAUAUUUUGAAAUAGAAAAUAUGCAGAAUUUCAGGUAAUACAAAUCGUAAAGGAAAGCAUUUAAGCUACAUUAGUACAAUGAUCGAAUAAUUCCUCUCGAAUCU